AUGGACCAACAUCUUGCCGGCAACCUUGCGUUGGCAACGGCCAUCACUCUCGCGCUUAUCGGCAUCCCUCUCACCCUUAUACUUGCCAGCCGGCUCUGGUCAUCCUUGCCCCAGAACAGACCUCGACAUACAACCUCAUCGGAAUCCACCACCAGGCCGCUGGCCUGCACCACCACCAUAUUCUUGGGUUCAGGCGGCCAUACAGCCGAGAUGCUCCAGCUAGUCUCUGGACUUGACUGCGCUCACUAUACCCCGCGCCAUUACGUCGUUGGCUGCGACGACAGCUCGAGUGUUGAAAAGGUUCACAGGCUGGAAACAUUGCUCGCCGCCAAGAGUGUGACGAGGACUGAGGAAAAGGGAGCUAGAUCUCGAUCUGGAGCUGGGACUGGAACGGAAGCGGGAGCAGGAAUCACUACAAAUCGCUUGAUCUCCGAUAUCAAGUCUAACCGCAGUGAGUUGGCUUAUACGGUCCAUCGGAUCCCCAGGAGUCGUCAUGUCCACCAGUCGAUGCUGACGACACCGUUCACACUAGUAAAGUCGUUAUUGGUAGCAAUGCCUCUGAUCAAGAGAUUGACUUGUCUGACAAAGUCUGAAGCUCAUUCCAAUACUGGAGCUGGAAAGGCGCAGUCGACCGACGCAGCAGGUCGACCCCGAAGAAGUGUUCUUUUGAUGAACGGGCCGGGGACGUGUCUGGCACUGGCGCUGGCGGUGAUUGGGACGCGGAUGGCAGGGGUUCCGGAUGAUCAGACACCCGAUCUGGUGUUUGUGGAGAGCUUUGCGCGGGUGAAGACGUUGAGUCUUGCGGGCAGGCUGCUGUACCCUCUAUGCGACGCGUUCCUGGUGCAAUGGCCUGGCCUUGUGCAACAAUACCCCCGCUCAAAGUAUAUUGGCACCCUCGUAUGA